GUGCCUGUGCAAAGGUGAAGGUGAAAGUUGUGUCUCAGUAUAGGCCUGAGGUGUAGAUUGUUCUGUAAAAACGUGUAGAUAUGCACAUAUAGAGACUAUUAGAGUGGUUGUGGAUUUAAAUCAACUAUUUUGAAUGUGAAGUGGAGGACUUGAAGACCAGUAAAGUUAAAAUGGCAGAGUCCAGAGUUCAUAAUCAGUUUAAACUCACCUCAGAAGACAAGGUGAGGCUUGAUGUUGGUGGAGAGGUCACCCUCCCCUGUCACCUCUCACCUGACACCAGUGCUGUUGCCACGACAAUCAGGUGGUUUAAAGAGACAGAGUGUAUUUACCUGUAUAAGAAUGGCCAGGUGAUGGAGAGGAGUGGCUAUGAGGGCAGACUGAGUCUGAUCACCCAGGAGCUGGAGAGAGGCAACAUGUCUCUGAGGCUGAGAGACUGCAGGAGGUCAGAUAGAGGAGUCUACAUAUGUCAGGUCAUCCAUGGAGAACAGAAGACGGAGGCUGGAGUGGGUUUAAGGGUCAGAGGAGACGACGUAUGGGCAUUAGUAAUGGCCUCAGGAUCAGAGUAUUUACAACAUGAGACCCAGGAGGACAAGCUGAAGAGGGAGGCAUCAGCUGGUGAGCUUCAGUUGAAGAUGGUAAAAGAAUUACAAGAGAAAUUAAGACAGAAGAUGAUGAAACAACUAGAGGAGAAAGACACACAACUGGAUGAUAUGAACCCGGAAGUGAGAGAGAAAGAGAGACUCCUGGAGAAGAAGAACCAGAUAAUGGGACAGAGGGAGAAACUAUUAGAAAAGAAAGACAACCAACUGAAAGAGAAAGACAAGCAACUAAAGGAUAGAGACAUUCAACUAGAGGCACUGAGAAAGAACCUGCAGGACAAGAACAGCCAAGUAGAGAACUUCAGAGUCCUGCUGCAGGAAAAAGACCUUCAACUAGAGGACAGAAACUAUAGACUGGGAGAGAAGUACAGACUACUAGAAGAGAGAGACAAACUACUGGAAGAGAGAGACAAACAACUGAAGGGAAAGGAUAGUGAAAUAAAGGAGAAGCAGAUUGAACUAGGAGACAAAGACAAAAAAAUUAAGGAUAAAGACCUUCAACUAGAGGACAGAAACUAUAGACUGGAAGAGAAGGACAGACUACUGGAAGAGAAAGAGAACCAACUAAAGGAAAGAGACCUUCAACUAGAGGACAGCAACUAUAGACUGGGGGAGAAGGACAGACUACUGGAAGAGAAAGAGAACCAACUAAAGGAAAGAGACCUUCAACUAGAGGACAGCAACCACAGACUGGGAGAGAAGGACAGACUACUGGAAGAGAAAGAGAACCAACUAAAGGAAAGAGACCUUCAACUAAAGGAGAGAAACUAUAGACUGGGAGAGAAAGACAGACUACUGGAAGAGAGAGACAAACUAUUGGAAGAGAGAGAGGACCAACUAAAGGAAAGAGACCUUCAACUAGAGGACAGCAACUAUAGACUGGGGGAGAAGGACAGACUACUGGAAGAGAAAGACAAACUACUGGAAGAGAAAGAGAACCAACUAAAGGAAAGAGACCUUCAACUAGAGGACAGCAACCACAGACUGGGAGAGAAGGACAGACUACUGGAAGAGAAAGACAAACUACUGGAAGAGAAAGACAAACUACUGGAAGAGAGAGACAAAGUACUGGAGGGAAAAGAGAACAAACUAAAAGAGAGGAGACAGGAAGUAGAAGAGAAAGAUAACCUACUAGAGGAGAGAGAGAAGCAGUUAAAGGAAAGAGACAAACAGGUGGAGGAUGUCAACAAUGAAAAUGCUGAACUGGCUCAACAGAUAUGUGAUGUGAAGACUGAGGUAGAGAGACUGAGAAGAGAGAUCUCAGCCCAGAUGACUGAACCUGGAGAGACAUCAGAUACAGGUUCCAUACUCCCAGUCAGGAGGAGACACAGCAAGGAGCUUCCUCCAUCCAUGGGAGGAGAGACCUCAGAUACAGACCCCACACUUCCACUGAGGAGGACAAACAGCAUGGAGAUAAAUCCUCCACUUAUGGGAGGAGAGAGCAGCAGUCCAGACUCCCCAGUGUCUCCCAGUGUGUCUGAGCUGAGACUGGUGCUGCUGGGGAGGACUGGGGCUGGGAGGAGUGCAGCAGGAAACACCAUCCUGGGCAGAGAGGAGUUUGGGGCCCAGGCCAGCCCCUCUGCAGUGACCCAGAGGAGUAAGAGGAGAGAGGGGGAUGUGUGUGGGAGACGGCUGGUGCUGGUGGACACUCCAGACUGGUUCUGUCCUGGACUCUCUCUGGAGGAGAUGAGACAGGAUGUGGGGCUCUGUGUCCGUCUGUCUGCCCCGGGACCCCACACCUUCCUCCUGGUCAUACCAGUGGAGCCCUCUAAGGGGGAGGAGAGAGGGGUGCUGGAGAGAAUAGAGGAGAUGUUUGGGGAGGGUUGUUGGGAACACACUGUGAUUCUCUUCACCCAUGAUGAUGGCCUGAAAGAGCAGAGCAUUGAGGAGUUUCUCCAAGCAGGAAGUCAGGACCUCCAGCAGCUUGUAGAGAAAAGUGGGAGCAGGUACCACGUCCUCAAUAUUAAGGACAGGGCCCAUGGCAAUCAGGUAUCAGAGCUGCUGGAUCAGGUAGAGGAGAUGGUGGCAGGAAACAGAGAGAGAUUCUACAGCAGUCAGACCUACCAGGAGGCAGAGACCCAGGUUAGAGAGAUGGAGGGAAAGAUCCAGAGAGAGAGAGGAGAGAGGAAACAGAGGGAGGAGAGAGACUUGAGAGAGAGGCUUGAGAAGGAGUUGCAUGACUCUCUGAUAAAGAUAAAGGGAGUGAUCCAGGAACAUGAGGGAGAUAUCAGAACACUCAGUGAAAGAACCAGUGAACUGGAGAGACAGGUGAAAGAAGAGAGGGAUGAGGAGAAGAAAAGACAGCUGGAGAAGGAGCUGAAGAGGGAGUCUGAUAGGAGGGAGGAGAUGGAGAGAAAGAUGGAGAGAUUUAGAGAGAAGACAGAGAAUGAGAGGAGGGAGAUGGAGGAGAGACACAGACAGGAGAUAGAGAUGAUGGAGAACUAUGAAGGAGAGGCCAGAGUUGAAGCAGAGAGAAACAUGAUGAAGAUAGUCCUACCUGAGUUACAGAGGAACAUGAUGAUCUCACAGACAAAGAUGCAGAGGGAGUUCAGCAGACAGAUGGAGGAGAAGAAUAGACAGAUGAAGGAGAAGAAUAGACAGAUGGAGGAGAAGAAUAGACAGAUGGAGGAGAAGGAUAGAGAGAUAAAGAGACUGAAACAGAACUCAGAGGUCUAUGUAGCCAGUGGGAUGAGCAGGCAACAUGUACAACGAGAGACAAGAGGAAUUAGAGGAGGAAGAGAGGGAAGAAGGAUGAGUUGGAUGAGACAAUUGUUUUGUGUAGUGGUUAGAGAGGAGACUAGUUAGAGAGACAACUGUUUUGUGUAGGGGUUAGAGAGGAGACUAGUUAGAGAG